AUGGCAGAGAAUAUAACUACAAAGAGUCGAAGUUGGAUGUAUCCAAGGUUUGUGCAGAUGCUGAUCGAUCAUGCCUAUCCAGAGAUUGAACGUGAUUUGAAGAAAGAUUUGUUAGUUCAGUCACACAUGAGCAAUGAUUCUCUAAAGCAGCUUGCGAGAUAUCACCCAAACCAUCCAGAACCAAAGAUAGGUGCUGAAUUCUUAGGACAUAUCAAGGAUGUGAAUUAUGUUGAUCCUGAUCCAGUUGAUCAUCAAAACUGGAGAAACGAAGAAGAAAUGAAGGAAGCAGCUUAUGCUGAAGAGCUAAAAACUCUUGUGGAGUUCAAAACCACCAGAAAUGAUUGGUUUGUCAAAGAACCGAGGAGGAGAGGCAGAAAGACCACCCCUAAAGUACAAGAGGGUGAGGGGUCAUCAUCUCAGCCAAAGAAGAAACAAAAGAAAGUAGCAAAGACAUUGCUAGUUGAUGAGCCUGAAGUUGAAGAACCGGCUGUGAAUGUUGAAGAAAAUCCAUACGCUGGGAUUGAAGAAGUGAUGUUAGACCUUGGUGAUUUAGAGACUGAGCAAGCAGUUAAUGUAGAAGCUCAGAAAGAAAAAGUUAUUGAUGAUAUCGAAGGUGAUGUUGUUGAUAAAGACACUACUAGUUCUUCAAGUUCUUCGGAAGAUGAAGUAGAUGAAACUGAAAGGUUGAAAAGAAUUCAAGCAGAGACAGAGAAAGAGAAGUUGUUGAGAAAGAGGAAAAGGCAAGAGAAGGAAGAUGCUCUAUAUGUGCCAUCUCCGCAACACGUUUCUGAUUCGCAAUCUCCUUCAAGUGGUAGAAAGAAAGUCGGGGCAAGAAAGAAAGUUGUGUCUCCAAAGAUACGAAAAGUUACUCCAAAGAUUUCCAAGCCAAAGAUUGUCUUGAAGAAGAAACCUUCCAAAGAAUCCAGGAAAUCACCAACACCACCACCUGAGCCAACACCACAAUCACCAAUACAAACACCUCCAAGACAACCAACACCUCCAUAA